GUAAUUCCGCCGUCGUGGUGACUAAUUUAACUCGCGACACAAAGAAAAUGCUCAAAAGUGAAAUACCUUGAAACAUCCUCCCAUGUAGAGGGUGUCAGGUGGCCCGAAAAUAGCCACUUCCCAUUCGAAAAGAUUGUCUUCGUUGACAAGUUUGACGCAGAAGCCUUCAACGGGCUCCUCCUGGAGACUCUUGUACUCGACUGCGAGGGCUCGAAGGGCGCUGCUCGUGGCCUUCGUCGUUGCCAUUUUCUCACAAUCACACGAUUGUCCGUUUGGGAAAUUCAACGCAAUUCGACGUUGUGUCCACUCUACGACGCCAUUAAACACUAAACCAAAAUAAACCCGAGCUGGACUUCACGACUGGGGCGACUUUUCACGCAAUUUCCUUCGGGAAAUUCUACCACUGGCACGUCACUUCCACUCUAGCACCACUUCCACGGGCCCAAUCACCAGCUCUCCUGGGAUGGAAUAAUAAAGGACUUGCAACUUGGACAAAACAGCUGAUGCUAAACUACAUUUCGAGAUGUUCAUUUCGCCGUUUCCCCAUUCCUGGUCGUGUUUGCAGCAGCAAAUUCUCCUUGAUGUGCCAAUGCCCGGCCUAUUUUCGCUUUUCGAAACUAACCUCAAACUUGACGAUAAGACAGGAUGUUUGUCGUCGCAACUCUUCCGAAAGUGGCCCCCCGUCCAACAAACUGCCACCACUCAUGGAAUUUCCGAAAAUAACGUGGCCUUCAUUAAUAAAGUCGAUUAGGAAUUUCAUUUUGGCCACCUUCAUCAUAAAGCCCUACUUGGACCGAGACUUCAACUUGCCCGAUUUCGUCGUCGGAUCGAAAAAGGCUGUGGAGGUGGUGUCGAAAAAGAUUGCUGAGGGGGAUGUUAAAGCCUUGGAGGGGUUAGUCACCGAGGAUAUAUUGCCCACUUUGCAAAGGGCGGUGACCCUCAUGUCGCUGUCGCAGAGAGAGCAAAUUGCUGUGGAAAUCGACGACAUAUAUUUUAGUUUUCCAUACCAGAUAGGAGUUAUGUUUAAUGAAGACAAUGAUCAAAAGAGGUUCGUGGAAAUUACAAUGGUUUUUCAUGCCCUUAAAGGGUUAGCACUGAUGAAGUCACGUGGGGAGGAGCCGCCCUUGAACAUGGGCAUGUUGCCUGAAUACCAGCACCGUAUUUCCAUAUGCAACUAUCGAUUCAUUAAGGAAUUUACCAAAGGAGUUGAAAGUGACUGGACCGUUAAUUUACUCAAUCAUUUUAAACCAAUUGAUGAAGUGCAAGAAUAAAUAAUCUGUUAGUUAAAUGGUUUUUUAUCCAUUUACCCCAAAAAUGUACAAAUAAAACGUUUCAACA